AUGUUCGUCCGCCGCGGCCUCGGCUCUGCUCUCGUGCGCAGCGCCAAUCCAGGCGCGCGCGCGGCAUCUACUUCUCGCCCAGCAUCCCGUCCCGGUCAGCGCACCUCUCGAGGCCGCACCAGCUCGGCCGCAGGCACCUCGGCCUCGUCCGCGCCUCGAGUCGUCCUCGACGAGUACGGCAUCGAGCGCAGACCGCUCCCGCCGCUUGGCCUCGACGGCAAGGUCCAGGUGCAAACGCCACCUCGCGACGCCGAGCCGCCCAGACCGCUCAAGCGCACUGUGCGUGGUCGUACCGCCAAUCCUGUCGCGCAAGAGCCAGCCGAGAACGACGUCGACAACCUCAAGCAACCCGAGGCGGCGCACGAGUCGCCGAGGGCCAGGGCCGGCGCCACCGCGCUCGAGAAGGCCGUGCGCUCGUACCUCGCCGACUACCCGGAUGCCCUGCUCCUCAUCCAGGUCGGGUCCUUCUUCGAGUCGUACUUUGAGCAGGCCAAGUCGGUCGCCAAGCUGCUCGGCAUCAAGCUCACGAGCAAGUCGUUUGGCAAGGGCGUCAACAAGGUGCCGCACCCCUUCUGCGGCUUCCCGCUCUUUCAGCUCGGCAAGCACGUGUCGGCGCUCGUCGAGUCGGGCCACAAGGUCGUCAUCGUCGAGGAGUUCAAGGAGGCCGGCGUCGACUCGCCCGUCACGGCGCGCAAGGUGACGCGCGUCGUCACACCCGGCACCGGCGUCGACGAGGCGUUCGUCGACCUCGACCAGUCCAACUUCGUGCUCGCACUCGGCGUCGCCGGCGGCUCGAGCGUGCGCGACGAGAUCGGCUUGGCGUACCGCGACAUCUCGACGGGCGCGUCCUUCACGCGCGUCAGCAAGCUCUCGACGUUGCGCGACGACAUCCACCUCGUGCGGCCCAAGGAGGUCGUCGUCGACGAGCGGCUGCGCGACACCAAGCUCGGCGGGCGCAUCCUCGAGCUCCUCGAGGGCGAGCGGCUCCGCGAGGGCAUCAUGCUGUCCGAGACGUCGACCGACGCUGUCCCAUCGUCAUCGACGGCCGUCCCGUCGCCCAGCUCGGCCGCCGAAGCCGUCCUCCUGUCGUACCUCGCAAGCACGCUCCCGACGACGCCGCCGCCGCGCACGAGGGCCAAGCACGUCGACCCGGCGACCGUCAUGCAGAUGGACGCGACGACGCUCAAGUCGCUCGAGGUGCGCGAGAGCCUGAGAGGAGGAGUGCGCGGGAGCCUGCUCGGCGCCGUCAAGCGGACCGUGACCCCUGGCGGGCACCGUCUUCUCAUCGAGCGACUUUGCGCACCCUCGACCGACCUCCCGACCAUCCACACGCGCCUGUCGCUCGUCUCGGCCUUCCUGUCCCCGACCGGCGCCCCCACCACCCGCUCGUACCUCCGCGCCCUCCUUCGCACCCUCGACGACACCCCACGGCUCCUGCAGCGCCUCGCCCUGCGGCGCGCCCACCCCGCACACGACCUCCUCGGCCUCAAGCGCACCAUGCGCGCGCUCGAGGUCGUCCGCGCCGAGCUCGACGCCCUCGGGCCCGACGUCGUCCCGGACGACGAGGCGCGCUCGGCGGUCCGAGGGCUUGCAGAGCAGCUCGGCGCGUACGACGUGCUCGCGAACGAGAUCGACGCCGCGAUCGACGAGGACGCGCUCAGUGCGAGGGAGGAGCAGGCCGAGCGGGCGGCGGCGCUCGCGGCCGAGCUCGGCGAGAGAGCGGCGAGCAGGGCGAUGAUGGAGACGAGUGCGACGGGAGGAUCGGCACGCGACGAGGGCGACGGCGAGAGCCUGUGGGGAGAGGCGCAGGCGUGGGUGAUUCGGCCCGACUUCUCGUCGUCGCUCGCCAGGCUCCAUGGCGACCUCGCCUCGCUGCGAGAGCAAGCCGCCUCGCUCCAGGACCAGCUCCGUACCCGGUACAAGUCCAAGAACCUGACGCUCAAGGUCGCGCAACGUGUCGGUCCCGCCGUCCACAUCUUUGUCCGCGACGGCGUCAAGGAGAUCGACAAGGACCCGGCGGCGCUCGUGCACCAGAAGACUAACUCGACGAGGCUGUACGUCAACCGGGAUUGGGCUAUGCUACACCGCAAGAUCACGGACGCCGAGCAGCGCAUCCAGAACCUCGAGAUCGAGGCGACGCAGGUUCUCGUUGCUCGUGUACUCGAGAGCUACGACAGCCUGCUGCAGACGGCCGACGCGCUCGCCGAGCUGGACGUCGUCAUGGGCUUUGCCGAGGUGGCCGAGGAGAACGGCUGGGUCCGCCCCGAGGUCGACACGAGCUCGUCCCUCGAGAUUGUCGCUGGCCGACACCCGACGGUCGAGAACGCGCUCGUCGCGCAGAUGCGCUCCUUCACGCCCAACUCGGUCACGUUCCGCCACCUCGACGACUUUGACGACGAGCCGUCCGUGAUUCACGUCCUCACGGGGCCCAACAUGGCCGGCAAGUCGACCUUCCUGCGCCAGACCGCCCUCAUCUGCGUCCUCGCGCAAGCCGGGUCGCACGUUCCCGCCGAGCGGGCCACCAUCGGCGUGUGCGACCGCGUGUACAGUCGCGUUGGCGCCCGGGACGAGCUCGACCGCGACCGGUCGACGUUCAUGAUCGAGAUGGACGAAGCGACGACGAUCCUCGAGAACGCGACGUCAAGGUCUUUGGUCCUCCUCGACGAGCUCGGCCGCGGCACGUCGCCCAUCGACGGCCUCGCCAUCGCCUACGCCGCCCUCGAGCACCUCGCGCACGUCAACCGGUCGCGCACCCUGUUUGCGACGCACUACCACCGCCUCGGUGCGCUCCUCGGGUACGACGGCGCGAGAGACGAGGGCGCGAGGGCCACGGGCGAGUGGGAGGGCGUCGAGUUCUGGUGCACGGACGUCGAGGAGAGGGAGGACGACGUGCGGUACGUGCACACGAUCAGGCGAGGGCUCAACCACGACUCGGCGGGGCUCGUCAUUGCGCGGUUGGCGGGCAUGCCGUCUCGGGCGAUCCAGACGGCGAGGGACAUGCGCGAGAAGGUGCUCAGGGGCGAGGUCUAG